GUUGUGUAUUCAUUACACCAUUAGAUAUCACUGCAAACAGCGAUACCACAGGUGUUGAAAAUAUCAUGGAAGACAGCAGUAAAAAGGGGAUAUUCCUCUUCUUGUUAGUAGUUCUCGUUUAUUGGGUCCAUUUUACGCAAGGGGCGUGUUAUCCACCAAGGUACGGUAUACAGACCCGCAGCACUCGUCAACGGUACACCACGGGCUGCGGCUUCUGGGGCUGGGGACGAUGUUCAAGAUACCGAUAUGUAACAACAUAUCAAUGUGUGUUUUUGGCAGUUGACGGAGGCUGGGGUGCCUGGUCACACUGGUCAGCGUGUGGAAGCUUCUGUGGUCAAAGCACCAGACUGAGGCUACGAUCAUGUAAUAACCCGCAUAAACAAAAUGGCGGCCGUGACUGUGUCGGGAGUAAUGUUCAAAAAGAGUCGUGUGACGAAGGGUUUUGUUCAGGAUCGCCUUGUCCUAGUGGUUUCACUAAAAUCUCAGAGAACUGGUGUCUGUACAUUUCCGGUAAAAAUGUACUAAAAACCUACAGCGAUGCCAACACGUUCUGCACUUCAUUGUCAAAACACGCACGCUUGGUGACGAUCAAACAUAAAGCAGAACAAGAUAUAAUCGUUAAAAAGUUGCCAGCACAUGCUGAUUGUUGGAUAGGUCUAGACGACAGGACAACCGAGGGACAGUUCGUGUUCAGCGACGGCACCAAAUUAGGGCAAGGGUCCUUCACCCACUGGGAAGAGGGCAGUCCUUCCAAAAGUACGUUGGCCGACUGUGUGUUCAUAGAUGGGAAGGGAGCUGGAUACAUGUGGAGAGAUACCAGGUGUGAGGAGAGGAAAAUGUUCAGCUGUGAAAUUCGAGCAAAAAUGAUAUCAACCUCCUUAAUUGGCUGAUCCGUUUAUUGAUUCCUUUGCACCCAACGGAUUUUGUUAUGUUGUCGUGUUGUGAAAGCGCUCUUGUGUGUAGAAUUGAAUACAAAUCCCAACAGACAAACGACAUUGAUUCACCGUUGAAUCAACGUUAAUUUUGGUGGAUCAACGCUGAAUCAACGUAGAAUCAGUGUCGUUUGCCUGCUGGGAAUGCUUUAUUUAAAAAGCAGAAGGACUGUUUUUAAUCCAACUGCAACGCUCACAAGGCGUUUAAACAUUGCUAUGCCACUCAGUUUCUUAUAAUUUGCCGCACAUGUUGGGCUAAAUAUUUGGUGACCAUUGGUUUACUUGGUGACUUCUUUAGUUGUACUGAUUAUAAAUCUGCCUAUCCAAUGUAUAGGCUUUGCCUGUAGCACAAAUAUUGUAACAUAGUAAAUCUAUUCACAAUUACAAAGUGAAACUUAUACACUUUAAAUAGUUAAAUACUUACUCGCUGAAUGCGUUUCUUCCAUGUCUUUUUUAUCCAAAUUCUGUAAUAAGGUUUAUGCGUACAUUGUAUGGGCAUCUUGUCUUUUUUAAACCCCGCGUUGUUUUAAAUGAAUCAUUGUUACACUGUAGGUGCUUGACUUUCUACUGUAAUUAGAAUAUCUAUCGCUUAUCAUUACCAUAAUAUCAUAUCCUUUGGCUAGUAAAGUAAUAAAACACCUGAAUGCAUUGUAUCUUUGUUUGGCAGAAAAUUCAUAUUUUAUUUCAGAAUGUAUGCUGUAAAGGUUUAAUGUGGAUUGGAUAAAAUUAACCCAAGCUUAUGUGUCAACCAUGCGUGAGCUAAACAAUGUUUUAUCUAUAUACAUCGCCAUUAUAUUGGGUUACUAUAUACACAUGUAUGAAAGCAAAAAAAAGCGAGCUGCUGUAUUGUGAGCUUUUAUUACUGUCAUCUAGUCACCAAACAAGUCUUGGUCUCCGGAAAAGAGGCUAUUCCCCUGAAUAGCCUCAUUCCCUGAUGAAGAUUUUCUGUCAGACAUCGAAAUAUUGAGGUAAACUAUUUCAAUAUUAAGCCGUUGAUUGAAAAUGAGUUACUUUAUUCUUGCAAAUAGUUAUACUUGUAAAGUCAAAACGUAAAUGCUCAAUUGCCUUUUGCCUUGUCUACAUUCCUGUUGCUGCAUAAACGUGUGAUCUAUAA